GACAUGUCUGGCGCCACCGUUUCGAACUAACAAAAUUAUUAUUGGUCCAAAGAAACACAACAGUCUUUAUGGACAACAUAUGUGCUGCUGUGUUUAACUGGAUGCACAUUUUUAAAUAAAUAUUUGAUGUUUCAGACAGCGCAUCCAAACUCUGAAUGGAAUAAGCUACUACAGAGCACAAGAGAAGUUUUGAACACACAAACCGAACGGUUUAUUUGAACUUUUACCUGACAGACAAAUGACCAAAAGAGAAACAUGCUGAGUAAAGACCUUCCGGACAUUGAGAGUAUCCUGUCUCUGAACCCGAGGGUGCAGACCCACGCUGCCAUCCACUCAACGGGCGCCAAGAAGACAGAAAGGAAACACUGGAAGAGAAACCCAGAGAAGAGCUGUGAUAGCUGCGUCAAGUUGGAGAACAACUUCGACGACAUCAAGCACACGACUUUGAGCGAACGGGGGGCACUCCGCGAGGCGUUCAGGUGUCUGAAAUGUGCUGAUGCACCAUGCCAGAAGAGCUGCCCCACCAACCUGGAGAUCAAGUCCUUCAUCACCAGCAUCUCAAACAAGAACUACUAUGGAGCGGCCAAGGCCAUCCUGUCGGACAACCCCCUGGGGCUGACGUGUGGGAUGGUGUGCCCCACCUCGGAGCUCUGUGUGGGGGGCUGCAACCUCUUCGCCUCCGAGGAAGGACCUAUCAACAUUGGGGGCCUGCAGCAGUUUGCUGUGGAGGUUUUCAGCAAAAUGGGAAUUCCUCAGGUGCGGAACCCUGACCUGCCGCCUCCGGAUGACAUGCCCGAGAGCUUUCAUGCCAAGAUCGCUCUGAUUGGUUGCGGCCCGGCGAGCAUCAGCUGUGCCUCCUACCUGGCCAGACUGGGAUAUGACCACAUCACCGUGUUCGAGAAACAGAAAUACAUUGGCGGCUUGAGUACUGCAGAGAUCCCUCAGUUCCGCCUGCCCUAUGAGGUGGUGCAGUUUGAGAUUGAGCUGAUGAAAGACCUGGGGGUGAAGGUUGUCCUAGAGAAGGGACUGGGUAUGAACGGGAUGAGCCUGACCUCUCUGAAAGACGAGGGAUUCCAGGCUGUCUUCAUUGGAAUUGGUCUGCCCCAGGCAAACAAGGCUAAGAUCUUCCAGGGGUUGACAGUGGACCAGGGAUUCUACACAUCCAAGGACUUCCUGCCACUGGUGGCCAAGGCCAGUAAAGCCGGCAUGUGCAGCUGUAAGUCUCAACUGCCCGAGCUCCGUGGCGUGGUCAUUGUCCUAGGUGCCGGUGAUACAGCGUUCGACUGUGCUACCUCUGCCCUGCGCUGCGGUGCCCGCCGGGUCUUUGUGGUCUUCAGGAAGGGCUUCACUAACAUCCGUGCCGUCCCCGAAGAGAUGGAGCUGGCCAAGGAGGAGAAGUGUGAGUUUCUUCCCUUCCUGUUCCCCCGUGAGGUCAUCAUGAAGAACGGCCGAGUGGCCGGCCUGCAGUUCUGCCGCACCGAGCAGACGGAGCGAGGCGAUUGGCUGGAGGACGAGGACCAGAUCGUCCGGCUCAAAGCCGAUUAUAUCAUCAGCGCCUUCGGCUCCAUGCUGACUGACCCUCAAAUCCAGGAUGCCAUGGCUCCCAUCAAGCUGAACCGCUGGGGCACUCCAGACCUAGACCCUGAGACCAUGCAGAGCAGUGAGCCCUGGGUGUUUGCUGGCGGAGACAUCGCAGGCCUGGCCAACACCACAGUGGAGUCUGUCAAUGACGGAAAGCAGGCUUCCUGGCACAUCCACAAGUACCUCCAGUCCCUCCACAGCCAGACAGUGGACAGCACCCCCGCUCUGCCUCUGUUCAACUGUGCCAUCGACAUGGUGGACAUCAGUGUAGAGAUGUGUGGCAUCACCUUCCCGAACCCCUUUGGCCUGGCCAGUGCUCCCCCCACCACCAGCACGGCCAUGAUCCGCAGGGCUUUCCAACAGGGUUGGGGCUUCGCUCUCACCAAGACUUUUGGACUGGACAAGGACCUGGUGACUAAUGUUUCUCCCCGUAUCGUGCGUGGCACCACGUCAGGUCAUGUGUUCGGCCCCGGACAGGGCUCCUUCCUCAACAUCGAACUGAUCAGUGAGAAGACGGCUGCCUACUGGUGCCAGGGUGUCAAAGAGCUGAAGACAGACUUUCCCAAGAAUAUUGUCAUCUCGAGCAUCAUGUGUGGUUACAACAAAGCCGACUGGGUUGAGCUUACUAAAAUGGCAGAGGACUCCGGGGCGGAUGCACUGGAGCUCAACCUUUCCUGUCCCCAUGGAAUGGGAGAAAGGGGCAUGGGACUGGCCUGUGGACAGGAUCCUGUGAUGGUGAUGAACAUCUGUCGGUGGGUGAGACAGACCGCCAAGAUCCCCUUCUUCGCCAAGCUCACGCCCAACGUCACCAACAUCGUGGACAUUGCGAAGGCUGCACACGAAGGAGGGGCAGAUGGAGUCACUGCCACCAACACAGUGUCUGGAAUGAUGGGCCUAAAAGCUGACAGCACCCCCUGGCCUGGCAUCGGCAAGGGCAAGCGCACCACCUACGGAGGAGUGUCUGCUCGUUCCCUCCCUCUUUCUCAGCUGCCAACACACCUUCUGAGCCAGUCGCAGGGUCAAGAAAUCAGCCUGCAUUUCAAAAUGAGGAUUGAGACUAUUGAGGCAGUAUUUCAUGCAAGAAGUACCAGCUGUCAUAGUGUAGUUCUCCUGGUGUAACUUGUGUAUAUGGCUGGGGCUGUAGCUCCAUACUCUCAGGAGUCCCCUAGCUGGGGGCAGUCCAGCUCCCUCCCCUCCCUUUCGACUGGGUCAUUGAACAUUACUGUCCUAAAGGGCCAGGAGGGGGUGGGUCACACAUUUCUACUUUUGGCCAGGAGGGCCUCCAUAAGUGACACUCAUUAGAUUUUUCAAAUUUGAAAAAAAGGACUGGAGUCCAACUGACAUAAAACAUAGGUGGCCCCCGCUCGGUUGUAAAGGAAGAGAAGAAGUAUAUUCUUGAGCAAGGAUGGGCAACAAACGGCCCGCAGGCCAGAUCCGGCCAGCGAGCCCAUUCAAUCUGGUCCGCGGGAGGACAUAUUUUGGUUUAAAAAAAGACUCCAGGCCACUCUUUCAUGUCUAAAACUAGAUAGAAAGUAGCCUAUGUAGAAAUUUGUAUGGACCUAUACGUUUUUAAAUAACUCACCUGAUUUUUUACAUCACGAUGUGGCCCUUAACCAAAAAUGAUUGCCUAUUUUAUAUUUUACCUAAGAAGGAAUGCUUGAAAAGGGAUAAUUUACAGUAUACCUUAUCAUCAUCAGUUCCUUCAUUUCUCUUUGGAUUUCAACCAUAUUGCGGCCACUCAACAUGCAGCAUUUCAUGUAUAGUUGUAUAGUUUCAUAGACUGUAUAGUUUUCUUUGAAGGCCUAAAAUACACAAAUCUCAAUUCAGCAAUCAUUGUGUACCUCUCUACCACUGCAUCCUUAUUUCAACUUCUCUACAGAACACAAAUUAAUAACUCCACCUGAACCAUCAUACAUUUUCUGUAGGAGACUUUAGCCAGAGAGGUUGAGGGGAGACAAAAGUAGAAGAGCAUCAAUUUAGGAGACUUUAGCCAGAGAGGGUGAGGGGAGACAAAAGUAGAAGAGCAUCAAUUUAGGAGACUUCAGUCGGAAGAGGGAGAGAAGAGGAGGAGGAGAAGGAAAGUAGAAGCGCCAAGGAACAAAGAGGGCGGAGAGAGCAAGAGCCAUGAAUAUGCAUACAAUUAACCAUCCAUGGAGAAUAUGCAAAAAUGUAUGCUUUGAUUCAAUUCAUCAUUCCAAUUUCAGAGGCUGGCAUUAGUUAAUGAGGAUCAUUUAGCAUGGGAGGAGAGAGAGGGUGCUGUCUCUAUCUGUCAACCUAGUGUGUGUGUGUGUGUGUGUGUGUGUGUGUGUGUGUGU